CUACAUUAAUAUUAUAAAGUUGUCACCAUGUUGGAUUCUUCUUGUGUGCGUUCCUCAUCAAGUACUGGAAACAAAGUUUCUUGUUUUCUUCUAUUUUUGGUAGAUUUCGCUUAUCAAUUCGAGGAUGUUCAUCAUCUUUCUUUAACCAAUGAAAGAAUUCAAUAUUUUGUUUGUGAGUUGACCCUGAAAUGAAAAUCAGAAAGACCCUUUUCAUGUAUCUUUAUUUAUAAUUAUUCUCCUCAUUGCAUUUCCCAAGUAAUUGUUUUGGCUUGAUCUUCUUCUAAACCGGCUAUUUUAGUUCACGUUACCAAGCGUCUUAAACCUUGCCACCGGCUUCUUGAUAAUUUUUCUUCCCCUUUUCUCCAUGUCAAAUACUUUCUCUCUAAUUUUAACUCCACAUAUUUUAUCAUUAAUCUAUUUUGAUCUCUUCCAUGUUGCUAAGCCAUGUUCUUCUUCGUAAUGAUAAUUCUUCUCCUGUUGACAUAUUCAUUGUAAUGUUUCUCUUUUAAUUGAGCUAAUGGGGACCAGCUUCUUGAUGGCUCUACAAGGUGUCCUUUCUCUUCUUUUCAUAUAAUUUUGCUAAUUACUUUUUAACCCUCUUUUGGGUUUGUUUGUAAAGUAGAAAUAUAAUUAAAUCUCUUGAUUAAAGUAUGGUUAAACAUGGAUUAAGGUCGUUCCCAGAUUGUUCCGUAAGAAGAGUUGGGAUUCACCAAUUUCUCUUCUUCACAUUUUUUUGAUUUUUAGGUAAGUUUCACGUAAUAAUUAUUAAUUACAACCAACCAGCUUGGAAUUCCGGUCAAUUUAUGGCCACAGGAAUUCUGGAAGGAGCCUUUGAUGGGACAGCUAGAAUAUUGGCUUUCUUUUCAAAAACAAAAAAAAAAAAAAAAAUCAUCUCAGCAUAUUUCGUACUGUAUAACAUAACAAAAAUAAUAUCAACAAUAAACGUAAAAACCUCAUAUGCCACUAGUUAUUCGUAUUUCAACUUCAACGACUUCAAAAGAUCCAUAUGAAAAAGCCCCAACUGGGUGACUGUUAAUAGUAAUAUUACAGUGUUUCUUCAUCAAUUUUUGUAUUUAUGGCUAUAUUUUAACCUAAAAAAUCAUAUAGAAGAAUGUAGGCUCAAGUCCAGACAAGAAUUGCCACCUUCAUGGUUGUUUCCUCCUUCAAUUUCGGACCCAUCUUUACUGUUAACUGCUCUAAUGAGUUUUGAAGUAACAUUUUGUUUUUCAACUUGUUUUUAUUUUGCUUUUGUUCAUUGAUCUGGGGAUCUUCUCUUCUUUUAGAAUCUAGCUAUAUAAAAAUCAACCCAGUUCAGUAGCUGCUACAAUAUCAGAAGGCAGAUGGGGUUCUGGACACUGUUUGAAGUGGCAACUAUGCCAAUUCUGCAAGUGCUUUUAAUAAGCUUAUUGGGAGCUUUCAUGGCUACCGAAUCCUGCAAUCUUCUUCCAACAGAGGCCCGAAAAUUCUUGAACAAGAUUGUGUUCACGAUAUUCACUCCCUCUCUCAUGUUCGCAUGUUUGGCUAAGACUGUGACACUUCAAGACAUAAUCUCGUGGUGGUUUAUGCCUAUUAAUAUUGGGCUCACUUUUCUGUUUGGAGGCAUUCUUGGAUGGAUGGUUGUCAAGAUUCUAAGGCCUCAGCCUUAUCUUGAAGGCCUUAUCAUUGCCACAUGUGCAUCAGGGAACUUGGGAAAUCUUCUCCUUAUAAUUGUUCCUGCAAUCUGUAACGAGGAAGGAAGUCCAUUUGGGAACCACAAUGUUUGCAGCUCUGUUGGACUUUCUUAUGCAUCUUUCUCCAUGGCGCUUGGUGGUUUCUAUAUAUGGACUUACAGUUACCAACUGAUAAGAAACUCAUCAGUAAAAUUCGAAGCACUUCAAGCUGCUGAAUAUAUAUCCAAGUCAAAGGUGGCCAACAAGGCUUUUGAUGCCACCCCAGAAACUGAACUUCUCAAGGGAGAAGAAGAUGAACAAAUACCGAAGCUUACCUCUGUAGAUGCUGAAAGCCAAAUUGUAGCCCAAGAAUCAACUAGUCAUCAGGAUAAAUCAGAGUCAUCCUGGAAAAAGACACUUGAAUUCUUUCACAAUAUCUUGGAGGAGCUAAUGGCACCUCCAACAAUUGGUGCAAUCAUUGGCUUCAUCUUUGGAGCGAUCACUUGGCUGAGAAACCUUAUAAUUGGUGAUGAAGCUCCCUUGAGGGUCAUCCAAGACUCAAUUAAAAUACUUGGGGAUGGAACAAUUCCAUGUAUCAUACUUAUACUUGGAGGCAAUCUCAUUCAAGGUUUAAGAUCUUCGACACUAAAGCCAUUGGUGAUCAUAAGUGUAGUUUGUGUUAGAUACAUUAUACUUCCUGUGCUGGGUAUAUUGAUAGUUAAAGGAGCCUCCACUCUUGGUUUCCUUCCAUCAGACCCUUUAUACCACUAUGUGCUUAUGGUUCAAUUCACUCUACCACCUGCCAUGAAUAUUGGUACAAUGACCCAGUUGUUUGGUGUGGCUCAAGAGGAAUGUUCAGUCCUCUUUUUAUGGACAUACUUGGUUGCAGCACUAGCUCUCACAUCUUGGUCGACAGUCUACAUGUGGCUCUUGACCUAAUUACCUGUACCUUAGGAGAGUGAGAGACUUCUAAACCCGUGUGUUUUGGAGAAUGCAGCAUGAGAAAGGUUUUUUUUUAUAUCAAGGGCAAACAGUAUACAAAUCCCUACAAUGGCCUUUUUUUCAUUUUUAAGUAGUGCUAUACGUACAAUUUUAUACGUAAACAAUGAUAUGUCAUCAUAUGAUUAAAUAGUUUUAAAUUAGAAAUAAAAUAAUAUCUGAUCAUAUGAUAACAUAUUAUUGUUUAAGCACAUAGUUUUAUUGUUUUUUUCAAUAAAACUAUAUGCACAAACAAUGACAUAUCAUCAUAUAAUUGAGUAUUAUUUUAUCGUUAAUUUAAAACUACUCAAUCAUAUAAUGAUAUUUGAUCGUUUGUGCACAAAAUUGUGCACAUAACAUUUUUUAUUUUCCCCUAAAUUUGGUAAUACAACAUGAAGCCUAGAUUCCAGUGAGUGGGUUUUUAAGAUGAUUUCCAAAGCUAGUAGGAAUGCGUUGUGGGUUUUGAAGAUGAUCUAAGUUGCUAAUAUUGAAUUUGUUGUAUGUAGACACGACCAGAAGAUUAAUUCGUGUAAUUGUUUUAGUAAUCGAUUGAUAUUAUGGUCA